UAUAAAAUGCAUGGACAUGCAAAAAAUCCAACACAAGCACCCAUUCCCUCCCAUCUUCAAUCACACGCUAAAACACCGCAUCAGAUCAUCAAACAAUGGCCUCAAACAUUCUCAGCCACUCCUUGUUCUUGCUAGUAAUCACAAUGGCCACAUAUCACAUCUCCCAUGCAAGUGACCCAGACAUCACAUCCGACUUCAUCAUCCCGUCCAACAUGAAUGCCGUCGACGGAAACUUCUUCACCUUCACUGGCAUGCGAACCCCACUCCAAGUGGAAUUGCCCACUAUCUUCAACGUCACGAAAGCAAGCAUGGCCCAGUUUCCAGCCCUCAAUGGCCAGAGCGUCUCGUAUGCCCUCCUUCAGUAUCCAUCCGGAGGCAUCAAUCCCCCCCACACGCAUCCCCGCUCGGCUGAACUACUACUCGUCAUCGAUGGCACGCUUGAGGUGGGACUCGUCGACACGACAAACAAGCUCUACACCCAAACACUCCAAACGGGGGACAUGUUCGUAUUCCCCAAGGGACUUGUGCACUACCAGUACAAUGCCGAUGCCCAGAACCCAGCCACUGCCAUCUCUGCCUUUGGAAGUGCCAAUGCCGGGACGGUGUCAGUCCCUAGCACCAUCUUCGCCACCAACAUCGAUGAUGGGAUCCUCGCCACAGCUUUCAAGACAGACAUCUCAACCAUUCAAAAGCUCAAGGCUGGCCUUGCACCCAACGCCUAAAAUUGAA